CAAACGCUCGGGCCCGGAUGCGGAUGUGAAGACAUACAAACAAUACCACGCAGGAUGGAUUAGGAUUGCUCUUGCUCUGUGAAUGUUAGAAAUUAGAGUGAAAUUAGAGAUGGCCUGCAUUUCACUGUCCACGAAUGCUGCUUUUAAUUCGCGCAUCACCAUAGUAACCGGAAGCCAUGGAAACGGGCACUUUGGAAGGACAUUCAGCUAGAAAAAGUCAGUGUAAAUUAUUUUUUUAAAUAUGAAGAAGAACAAAGUUGAAAUACGGUCUUGUCGAUGUCACGGCUGAAUGUCGUUUCCCCUAAGAUAAUUAUAGCACCGUUUUUCUUCCCCCUCUUUCAAAAGUAGAGUAGUAGUUUGAAUGGUUGGAUAAUAGGUUUUAGCGUGCGUUUUGUCCAGCACCGUAGUGCGUAGUUUUGUUUAUCAAACUCGUCAGAAUGUUAUUUUUUUAACUUUUUUUUUAAACCGUCAUUGUUAAAAGAAUAGUUCCCAACAUGGUAAGAGGGUUGAAGCUGUCAGUCUGCGAUUGUUCCCGGCGGCAGCCGGGAAUCUCAAAUUAUAGUAGAUGGCGACAGUAGAAAUUGUUAUGAAACGGCACCCUUGAUGUAGAAUGUACAAUUUAUUAGACCGGGAGUUAGGUAAAAUGUGUUGGAAGUAUUUAUUUGCAGAAAAGUCCCAUUAGGACGGAGCUCCGAAUUACUCUUAAAUGUGCAGAAAUGUCUGACGGGCCUAGGAGCGCUUGCUGAGAUAAUUUUUACAGCAAAGAGGCGGUUUAGUUUUCCGAUAGCGUCAGAACUAUGAUUAGACGUUUGUCCGAGGACGUGCAGGCGAAGCUUCGCUCUGGGAUAGCCAUUUUCUCACUGACGCAGUGUGUGGAGGAGCUCCUGCUCAACAGCAUCGACGCUGGGGCCAGCUGCGUGGCUGUGAGAGUGGACAUUGAGGCGGGAAAAGUGCAGGUUCUGGACAAUGGCUCUGGGAUGGACAGGCAAGACCUGGAGCAGGUGGGCAACAGGUACUUCACCAGCAAGUGCGGCUCUCUGGAUGAUCUGGAAGCCCUGCGGUUUUACGGAUUCCGAGGGGAGGCCCUGGCAAGCAUAGCCGGCUUAGCCACCCUGCUGGAGGUCUCGUCAAGGACCCCAGGGUCCGUGAAGACCUUCGUGAAAGUGUUCAAGAACGGGAGGGGCUUAGAUGUGUCCGAGGCAGCAACCACCCGGCCCGCAGCCGGCACGACGGUGGUGGCCUGCGACGUCUUCCACAAUCUGCCCGUGAGGAGGAAAAGGCUCGACCCGGUUCUGGAAUGCGAGCGGAUCAGGCAAAGGAUCGAAGCAGUCUCCCUCAUGCACCCCUCCGUCUCCUUCUCUCUGAGAAAUGACUCCACCGGAUGCACGGUGCUCCAGCUCUCCAAGUCGCGGGCCACGUACUAUAGGUUCACCCAGAUUCACGGACUGGGCAGAGCUCAGAAGCUUGGGGAGAUCAGUCAUUGCCACAACCAGUUUGAAAUGAGUGGCCACAUAGGGCGUGAGGGUCACUACAACAACAGCAUGCAGUUUCUCUACGUAAACAGCAGACUAGUCUUGAGAACGCGGAUUCAUAAACUCCUAAAUUUCUUACUAAAGAAGGUGAGAGUUGCCAGCAGGCAGAACAGCAUCCCCGUUGUGUCCAUCGCUGUGCACAGUCCAAAGCAGAGGGGUGGUUCAGAGCUCCAUGGGGUUUAUGUCAUUAAUAUUAAGUGCCAUUAUUCAGAGUACGAUGUGUGCAUGGAGCCUGCAAAAACACUCAUUGAGUUUCGGGACUGGGAUGGUGUGUUGCUCUGCGUGGAAGAAGGAGUCAAAAAGUUCCUGGUGAAGGAGAACUUGGUGGCUGAGGUGUCUCCUGAGGACAUGAGUGAAUUUGUCCAUGAGAACACCUUCAAUGACCCAUCGGCCUGGGCCGACAGUACUGAAGGAGGGCCUGGCGCUGGCAGUCUUAAACCCGCUUCAAGCUGUACUAGGGACCCAGGUGAGGGGAAGACUCUGCAGUCUAAAGAUGUGCACAGAGCAUUGGCAGUGGAUUUCAAUCUGACAGGAAGUGUCUGGCAGGCAGGAGAUGAAGAUGACACAGCAGGUCAAGGUGAAACAGAAAUUAGGAACCCCGAAUCCACAUGCCCCCCAGAAAGUGAAAAAACACUUGCUUCCCCUGACUCACACAAAGUCACCUCCUCAAGUUCAGAAAGCAAAGAAAUCAAAAUCACUGAAAUGCUUGGCUCUGCAUCAGUGACACCUCGCACACCGACAGAAGCCAGAAGAGAUGAUGAAUCUUUGACGGACGUUUCUGACAGGGACUUGAAGGAAGAGUGCAGUGGUGUAGCACAGCUGGGGCUUUCUGUCUCUCUGUGCUCCAAUAGCAAAAGAGCAAAACUCAGUGUAAAUACAAAAACAGCAAAGGAACCUGAGAAUCACUGCCUUAACUUGAUAGACAAUCGCAAAGAACCUGAGAAAAACACAGAAAGUGUCAUUUCCAGGGAUGUGCCCCCUGAAAUGCCUCCCAAAUUCCAAGAAGAAACACCAUUUGACAGAAGUAGCCUGGGACAUAAAACAGAAAGAGCAAAUGAUUCUAGAUCAGUGCAGUUUCAGCUGGGUUCAACAGGGUUCAUAAGGCACGUGAUACCUAAACUGCGUGCAAAUGAAAAUGAGAGUGAAGUCCAAGAGGGGCUGAGAAGAUUCUGUCGACAAGGCCCAAGCAGUGACCAGGACAUCCUCAGAGAGAAGCAGUGCAACAGUACACAACACAAAUAUUCAUUUUUAGGAAGGGAGGCAUCUCAAACCACAGCAAAUGAGCCUUGCAAGUCUUUGCAACAACCUGACAUUUACCACGAACAUACGAUUGCUACUUUUACAGUUAAGGUAAACUCUUCAGAAGCACCAAAGAGAAAGAUAUCUUUGCCGGAGUCUACAGACACUAGUGAAAGCAGCUGUGAGGGGCCUGAGUUCAGCAUUGGCAGUGCUUCAGAAAUCUCCAACAUGACAGCACGGCCAAAGCUGUCCUUACCAGCAGACACUGGAUCUUUAGACAGGUUCAGAAGGAUCUAUGGAAAGCAGCACCCCAUAGAAAAAGAUUUCCGGGCUCAAGAUGCAAACAACAAUCAAAAUUCACCAGAUGCCAUCACAUCUCGUAUGAAGAUCUGUGGGACUGCCAAUGUUGAAAAACUAUUUCCUUGCAGUACUGAUGGCUGUGGAGCAAAUGGCACUCAUAGAAUUUCACUUAUGCAGCUUAAUGAUAGUCCUAUUAGUCUUUUGGAGUUUACUAAAAUGAAACCAGUUUUAGCACACAGCAAACGAACACUUGCUACCAAGCUCUCACGGUUAAGAAACCAGCAGAAGGAGGACAAGGGCAAGGUGUUACAGGAGCAACUGAUGGAAGGCGCAGACACCAGUCGUAUCAGUGACUUCGGACUAGAUACAGAGUCACAGAAGAGCGGCAGUGAAGUCAAGCAGCCUUCCCACUUUAACAUUCCUUCCCCUGAUGACAUCAACCCAAAUACGGAGACAACUGAGGUCAGAAAAUGUAAAGAGACUCUGAGUUGUCCAGGUGAUACAACUGUUGAAUUAAACCCAUUAAAGAAAGUCACUCUAGUAACUUCCAAAGAAUCGUGUUCUUCUGUCACUAUCAAUGGAGAUACCCUUUGUGAAGGUGGCCGCCCAGACAAAGCCGUUACAGGCCACAGCGAAAACCAGCCUUCCUGUGAGGCUGUGGACAGCCCAGGGAAAGAAGUCUCGAGAGACGCCUAUCGCUUUGCGGCAGACACAUCUCCAGGACGGAUGCAGGAGAAUGAAAGUCCAGGUUUGGCAGCAGGUUCUUCUGACUGGGUGGAGCAUUUCGAUGAGUGCGUGGGGAAGAUGGUCUACAUAAACCCAGUGACAGGACUCAGCAAGUAUGAGGCUCCUCCAGCUGAAGCACCCCAGGCACUCUGUACCACAGACAUCACAACCAUGGCAGUGAACGUGGUCUCCAGCAAAGGGUUUGAGUACAGGUGUUACCCCUUUCAGACAGAGGCCGUUCUGCCUUUCCUGCCUCGGCCCAAGGGAGAGAGAGUUAGCUCAGGGCGAGACGGCACAGAUGAUCCCAGCGCUGCCGAGUCAGUCUGGUCUCUGUUUUCCGAGUGGGAGAACCCGGUCUUUGUUCGGAAACCAGAGGUUGGCCUGGAUGUGAGCUGUGGGCAGGCUGAAGGGCUGGCUGUGAAGAUCCACAGCAUUCUCUACCCCUACCGCUUCACAAAGGAAAUGAUCCACUCAAUGAAGAUUGUCCAGCAAGUGGAUAAGAAGUUCCUGGCUUGCCUUAUCAACACAAAAGGGGAUGGAGGAAGCACAGACUCUGCAGUAGAGGGUAAUCUGCUUGUUUUGGUGGACCAGCACGCAGCUCACGAGAGGAUCCGUCUGGAGAACCUUGUUACAGGUAAUGUCCUUUCACUGACACAGUUGCUCUGUUUGCACUGCAGCAGAUUUAUUUUCUAUCAUGUCAGGGAUGCACAGUUUUGGACCUUGAAAUCCAUGGUCUGAUCUU